AUGAAGCGUUCAGCUGAACGCGGGUCUGGUGGAGCAAGUCCUGGUAGUGGUCAAGCAACACCCCGGACACUGUGGGGGGCCAAAAAAGUUAGGGUGGGUCCCAUCCGUCUGGAACGCGGAACGAUGGGAGUGGGUGGACUUGAUGAAGAAGCUGGCUGUUCGAAUGCAGAAAGUUCACAGCCCUCCACCCGGAGCCAUUUGUCGGUUGGAGCUGAGACAAGUGGACGAUCAAUGGAACAUGCAGUUGUUGCCGUCCUGGAACUACAGGUGGUGGAUAGUGAGGAUCUUGAUAACCCCACCCCUCCACCCGCUACUGACAGUGAGGAGGAGGUAGUACCAUCAAAUCAUAGACUUUCUCAUGCUGCUGAAAGGGUGCCCACGACUCCUAUCUCCCUGGGCGUCGGCACAGUGGCUGUGGGGAGGCCAAGGUCAUAUAUUUGGGACCAUUUCCAUGUCCACACUCAGCGUGCCACUUUGGCAGUUUGUAGACACUGUGGGGCAAAUAUCAGCAGAGGCAGAGACCUGAGACAUCUUGCGACCUCGGGGUUGAGCUCUCACAUGAAGCGACACCAUCCCUCGAUAUCGGUAGGAGGGGGAGCUGGAAGCCCUUCCAGUGGCAGCAUUAGCACACAAAGUUCUCCUGGUGAAGAUGGUGGAAGGCAGACACAGUCCACCUUGGAGGAUUGGGGCAUGCCUUUAGCCAGGAAGAGAACGGGGGAAACAUUACCCACACCCCAGCAGAUAACCCAAACUGUGGGAGAGAUGAUUGCCCUUGAUCACCAUCCCUUCCGCCUGGUUGAACAAGAAGGCUUCGUCCGCCUUAUGAAACGCCUGUGCCCCCGCUACAAAAUCCCCUCCCGUCACACCUUUUCCAGAAAAGUUAUUCCCGGAUUGUACGAGGGCUGCAAGGAACGCAUUAUCCAGAUGUUGCGGAGCGCCAUGGGAGGACACAUCCAUUUUACCUCUGACAUUUGGUCAAGCUUGGGAGGAGGCCAUUCCUACCUCUCUCUCACGGCACAUUGGUGGGAGAAGGAAGGCAGUAUGGAUACAUCCCAUCGUUGGGCACUCCUCGCGUUGGAGGUAGUUGAUCGUGAUCACAAGGCAGAGACCAUCUGCAGCUCUCUGGGAAACAUGAUGGGGGAGUGGAUGCGGUGCAGGGCGGAAGAAAUGAGGAGGGGCUUCAUGGUGACUGACGCUGGUAGAAAUAUGAUCAAAGCGGUUGAAAGUGCAGGGUUUUUGAAUGUCACCUGCAUGGCCCACUUGCUUCACAAUACCGUCAAGGAAGGUUUAAAGAGCCCGGAAGAGCAGCCGGCCAGCACCGCAAACAUCGCCUUGCUGAUCGAGCGCUGUAGAAAGAUCGCGGGCUACUUCCACAGGAGCAUCAAGGCAGCCCGGCAGCUGAGAGACAGGCAGAGCCUUGAAGGCCUCCCGCAGCACAAGCUGCUCCAGGACGUCUCUACCCGGUGGAAUUCAACCUAUAAGAUGCUUGAACGCAUGGUCGAGCAGCAGAAGGCGGUACACGGCAUCUCCCUCACAUUGGUUGCGCCAGUUAGCAAGCUUGUUCCAACUAAGCAAGAGUGGGACACCAUCUCCCAGCUAGUAGACGUACUAAAGCCAUUCAAACAUGCCACUGAGACCCUUUCGGAAUCAAAAGCCCUUCUUAGCCAGGCAGUGCCCAUGGUCUUGAGGCUAAGGAGGCACCUAGAAAGGCUUGGGGCCGGUCGAACACUGGACUCCCUGGCUGGACCGCUGACACCGCCGGCCCAGGAGGUGGUGAGGAGGUUGUCCUUUGCUGUACGGAAACGCCUUGAGCCACUUCUUUCCAGCAAGGUCCAUAUGCUGGCGGCCUUGUGUGAUCCACGGCUAAAGUACAACGUCUGCCCAAAAGACUUUACCGUGUGGAAGGCCCAACUAGUUAACCUUGUGAGGGAGGUCUUUGCUGCCAGGGUGGGGGAAACGGGCACCGCGGCCCCUCUACCGGAAAUGCCUGCCACCCCCAGCACUAGCGCUAGUGGCGAGACUGAUAGUCCCUGGGAGCCGGCAGGGGGUUGUCGUAGGGUUACGGAUCUCCAGCCGCGACCAGGAAACGCUUUCUUUGCAGAGACGGUGGCCAUACUAGCCUGCUCGGAAGAUUCCUCUUUGCUGGCUUCUGCUCAAAAGGUAGACUCGGCCGAAUGCUCGGUCAACAGAUACUUUGAGGAGCCUCCUGAGAUAAUUUCUUGUGAUCCAUUGGCCUAUUGGGCUUCACGUGAUCACAUGUGGCCGGAUCUGUCGCACGUUGCCCGCCAGUUUCUCAGCUGUCCGCCCACCAGCGUGCAGAGCGAAAGGGUCUUCAGCCUAGCGGGAGAUGUAGUCACGCCCCACCGCAGCUUGCUGGACCCUCAAAAGGUUGAGAAACUGGUCUUCCUGAAGGCCAACCUUCCCGUGUUGAAUUUCCCCGAUUUGGAUUUUGACACCGACGCCUCCUAGAACAACAGUUCUCCUUUAAGCAGCUCUGCUUCUGAUUAACUUUGGCUAUUUCUGUUGGGGGGCGGGGGGGUUGCCCCUUUGGCCUAUGUCCAACAACUCUCUCCUCUAUCCUACCAUGCUUUCCUUCCUCUCUUCCCUUCCGUUCUCGUAUUUAUCAUCACACACCGUUGCCCACUUUCGUUUUUGGGUAAAUCAAUCUCUAGGGGCCGUUCCCUGAGGUUCCUAGGUUUUGUCUCCUGUAAUAAUGAUUCUGGAUGGGAAGAAGGAUAUUCUGGGGGAACUUAGUCCAUAAAAGCCAAGGUAGGAAAUGCAUCCGCUUUGGGUUCAGAACGGAUUACAUUCAAAUCUCUACCCUUUUUUUGUCCAAAAAUAUUUCGGGAAUGAGCCAUGACUGUUAGGUCUUCUCCAGAUCCUCGCAGUUCCUGUACAGAAAGAACAUUGUUAUAAUUGAUGUGGAUCCUUCGGUAAGACAUAUUUGGUGAAGGAAUAUGGCAGAGUCUCACUUUACAGAGAUAACGGUCCAUCAGAACCUUUGUGGCUGUGUCUUGCCGCAUUAAGUAGUACACCUCGGCCUUGGCCACCACUUCUCUAAAUUUUUCUCUUUCACUGUCCCAUCGCCUUGAGCGGGUGUGGUCGAUGCAGUGGCCGCGGGACGGCCGAAUAAUGGUCCCCGUGCCCUCUGGCCGCGCACGCGGACGGUGCCGUUUGCCCGUCAGGGCGUGUGCCUUUGCGGCUGCUAUUGAUGUGUGGGCGCAGGUUCCCUGGCUUCUGAAGUGUUUUUUGCUGGCUUGUUGGCCGGACGAUAGAAGAGGGUGGAAUCACCGCAGAAAGUGGGACACCUCGGCCUUGGCCACCAUUUGUCAAAAUGGUUGUCUAGUAUCCCAUCACCUUGAAAGGCUGUGGUUGACGCUGUGGCCGCGGGACGGCCGCCUUAUGGUCCCCUCGCCCUCUGGCCGCGCACGCGGACGGUGCCGUUUGACCGUCAGGGCGUGUGCCUUUGCGGCUGCUAUUGAUGUGUGGGCGCAGGUUCUGUGGCGUGGGAACUUCAGUUUGCUGGCUUGUUGGCAGGACGAUAGAAGAGGGUGGAAUCACACCGCAGAAAGCGGGACACCUCGGCCUUCGCCACUUCUCAAAAUUGUCUUAUUUGCUGCCUGAGGCUUUUUUCUUUCUUUUCUUUUUGCUGCUUCUCGGCCUACGUGGUCGAGUUUCCCAUGAUGCACCGCAUCUCUGUUCUCUCGCGGCUGUCCUUCCGUUCAUAUUUGGGCAAUUUUUCCCAGAUCCUUCCUUUGGGGCGGGGUCCUCUGUUUUUCUCUCUCUCUCUCUCUAGGGGAUGCAUGCCGGCCAACUGUGGCCGGCCCGGCUCAGGGUGUGGUCUUUGCUGCCUGUGGCUUUUUUCUUUCUUUUCUUUUUGCUGCCUCUCGGCCUACGUGGUCGAGUUUCCCACGAUGCACCGCAUCUCUCUUCUCUCGCGGCUGUCCUUCCGCACACGUUUGAGCUAUUUUUCCCAGAUCCUUCCUUUGGGGCGGGGUCCUCUGUUUUUUUUUCUCUCUCUCUCUCUAGGGGAUGCAUGCCGGCCAACUGUGGCCGGCUCAACGUGUGGUCUUUGCUGCCUGCGGCUUUUUUCUUUCUUUUCUUUUUGCUGCCUCUCGGCCUACGUGGUUGAGUUUCCCACGAUGCACCGCAUCUCUCUUCUCUCGCGGCUGUCCUUCCGCACACGUUUGAGCUAUUUUUCCCAGAUCCUUCCUUUGGGGCGGGGUCCUCUGUUUUUUUUUUUCUCUCUCUCUCUCUCUAGGGGAUGCAUGCCGGCCAACUGUGGCCGGCCCGGCUCAAUGUGUGGUCUUUGCUGCCUGCGGCUUUUUUCUUUCUUUUCUUUUCUUUUUGCUGCCUCUCGGCCUACGUGGUUGAGUUUCCCACGAUGCACCGCAUCUCUCUUCUCUCGCGGCUGUCCUUCCGUUCAUAUUUGGGCAAUUUUUCCCAGAUCCUUCCUUUGGGGCGGGGUCCUCUGUUUUUUUCUCUCUCUCUCUCUAGGAGAUGCGUGCCGGCCAACUGUGGCCGGCCCGGCUCAGCGUGUGGUCUUUGCUGCCUACGGCUUUUUUCUUUCUUUUCUUUUUGCUGCCUCUCGGCCUACGUGGUCGAGUUUCCCACGAUGCACCGCAUCUCUCUUCUCUCGCGGCUGUCCUUCUGCACACGUUUGAGCUAUUUUUCCCAGAUCCUUCCUUUGGGGCGGGGUCCUCUUUUUUUUUCUCUCUCUCUCUAAGGGAUGCAUGCCGGCCAACUGUGGCCGGCCCGGCUCAAUGUGUGGUCUUUGCUGCCUGCGGCUUUUUUCUUUCUUUUCUUUUCUUUUUGCUGCCUCUCGGCCUACGUGGUCGAGUUUCCCACGAUGCACCGCAUCUCUCUUCUCUCGCGGCUGUCCUUCCGUUCAUAUUUGGGCAAUUUUUCCCAGAUCCUUCCUUUGGGGCGGGGUCCUCUGUAUUUUUUUUUCUCUCUCUCUCUCUCGGGGAUGCAUGCCGGCCAACUGUGGCCGGCGCAGGGUGGGGUCUUUGCUGCUGAGAUAGACAUUGGGGUUCGGAUCCCCACGGGGAUUUUUUCUUUCUGCUUUUUUCUCCAUCUUGGACAUUGCGGUUCGGAUCACCACGUUGAUUUUUUCUUUCUUUUUGCUCCAAUUUUUCCCACUCCCCCUGCCAGUGCUUUUAAUGGAUCCAAACCCUCAUGUGUAUCUCUGCAGCUAAGCCCCCGCCCUACUGCUUUAGGGAAAGGGUCAGGGGUGUGGGAUCCAUGCCCCCAUGUCUAUUUCCACAGUUUAAGCCCACUCCCUGCUGCUUUGGGGAAAGGGGCGGGGGUGGGAGACGGCCCACGGUGGCCGGCUCCCCAGGGGAGUGGGAUCCAAGCCCCCAUUUUGCCAUCAGGCGAUAAAUCAAACCAACGUCGCACAAAUCUUACAUUUCUUGGGAGGGGGAGGGGCUUGACCACUGUGGUAUAAUGGCCUCCAAUAUGGAUGCCUGGGGAAAGUCAUUGCGCAUUGUGGCAGGCAGCACAAUGUGUCUCUUGGCCAAUGGCCCCCAAUGCCCUAACAUUUUGACAGAUUUAUGGGCACUGAAACAAUGUUACACAAGUAGAAGAAGGACUUUCACAGUGAAGGAACCCCUAUUGAACAUUUAAAAGCAGGAACAGAUUUUUUGCAAUUGGUAAAUAAAGGUUUUUUAUAUGAACUAUAAAAUUGCGCAAUAAAUCUUAGGAAAGGGCAAACGCUCUGCAAUUUAGCGAACAAGCAGGGUGGAUUGUGUUCUCCCACUGUACCAAAUUUGAUCGGUAUAGCUGAAAAAAUGAGUGCAGGAGAUCCCCCUAACUCCCCCCCCUCUUGGGCUGUUUUUGGGCCACUGCGCAUGCACGUCCGCCAUUAACGAAUUAAUUUAGAAAAUAACGAAUUUUCGUUAAUUUCGAAUUUUUUGGGGGGCCAAAUUCGGAAAUGACUUCAGAAACGAAACGCUACCCCCUCUACUUUUGAAACGAGUUUAGAAUCAAUUUUUUCGUGGAUCGCUCAAGCCUAGUGUUUUUGUGGCACGGGUGUCCGCUCACACAGGCAGCCUCCCUCCGGCCUCCACAAACAGGCUCUAGUUCCUAGUGCUAAGGAGCCGCCAAGUCAUUCUCUCCUAGGACAUUGCAGGUUACAGCGAGCACAUCCCAGUGCUCCUUUCUCUCCCCAUUUGCAUGACCCCACCCACUGCCUCUCCCUUACCCUUUCCCAGUGCUGAGGAGCUGCCAAGUCACUCCCUCCCAGGAUAUUGCAGGUUACAGCGAGCACACCCCAGUGCUCCUUUCUCUCCCCAUUUGCAUGACCCUGCCCACUGCCUCUCCCUUAACCCUUUCCCAGUACUGAGGAGCCGCCAAGUCAUUCUCUCCUAGGACAUUGCAGGUUACAGCGAGCACAUCCCAGUGCUCCUUUCUCUUCCCAUUUGCAUGACCCCGCCCACUGCCUCUCCCUUACCCUUUCCCAGUGCUGAGGAGCCGCCAAGUCACUCCCUCCCAGGAUAUUGCAGGUUACAGCGAGCACAUCCCAGUGCUCCUUUCUCUCCCCGUUUGCAUGACCCUGCCCACUGCCUCUCCCUUAACCCUUUCCCAGUGCUGAGGAGCCGCCAAGUCAUUCUCUCCUAGGACAUUGCAGGUUACAGCGAGCACAUCCCAGUGCUCCUUUCUCUCCCCAUUUGCAUGACCCCACCCACUGCCUCUCCCUUACCCUUUCCCAGUGCUGAGGAGCUGCCAAGUCACUCCCUCCCAGGAUAUUGCAGGUUACAGCGAGCACACCCCAGUGCUCCUUUCUCUCCCCAUUUGCAUGACCCUGCCCACUGCCUCUCCCUUAACCCUUUCCCAGUGCUGAGGAGCCGCCAAGUCAUUCUCUCCUAGGACAUUGCAGGUUACAGCGAGCACAUCCCAGUGCUCCUUUCUCUUCCCAUUUGCAUGACCCCGCCCACUGCCUCUCCCUUACCCUUUCCCAGUGCUGAGGAGCCACCAAGUCACUCCCUCCCAGGAUAUUGCAGGUUACAGCGAGCACAUCCCAGUGCUCCUUUCUCUCCCCGUUUGCAUGACCCUGCCCACUGCCUCUCCCUUAACCCUUUCCCAGUGCUGAGGAGCCGCCAAGUCAUUCUCUCCUAGGACAUUUCAGGUUACAGCGAGCACAUCCCAGUGCUCCUUUCUCUCCCCAUUUGCAUGACCCCGCCCACUGCCUCUCCCUUAACCCUUUCCCAGUGCUGAGGAGCCACCAAGUCACUCCCUCCCAGGAUAUUGCAGGUUACAGCGAGCACAUCCCAGUGCUCCUUUCUCUCCCCAUUUGCAUGACCCUGCCCACUGCCUCUCCCUUAACCCUUUCGCAGUGCUGAGGAGCCGCCAAGUCAUUCUCUCCUAGGACAUUGCAGGUUACAGCGAGCUCAUCCCAGUGCUCCUUUCUCUCCCCAUUUGCAUGACCCCGCCCACUGCCUCUCCCUUAACCCUUUCCCAGUGCUGAGGAGCCACCAAGUCACUCCCUCCCAGGAUAUUGCAGGUUACAGCGAGCACAUCCCAGUGUUCCUUUCUCUCUCCAUUUGCAUUACCCCGCCCACUGCCUCUCCCUUAACCCUUUCCCAGUGCUGAGGAGCCGCCAAGUCAUUCCCUCCCAGAUAUUGCAGGUUACAGUGAGCACAUCCCAGUGUUCCUUUCUCUCUCCAUUUGCAUGUCCCCGCCCACUGCCUCUCCCUUAACCCUUUCCCAGUGCUGAGGAGCCACCAAGUCACUCCCUCCCAGGAUAUUGCAGGUUACAGCAAGCACAUCCCAGUGUUCCUUUCUCUCCCCAUUUGCAUGACCCCGCCCACUGCCUCUCCCUUAACCCUUUCCCAGUGCUGAGGAGCCGCCAAGUCAUUCCCUCCCAGGAUAUUGCAGGUUACAGCGAGCACAUCCCAGUGUUCCUUUCUCUCUCCAUUUGCAUGACCCCGUCCACUGCCUCUCCCUUAACCCUUUCCUACCAUUUCUUAUGGCACACAGCAAACAGAGAAAUUGAUCAGCAACUGAACAUCCUGGAGAGGUUUGUGGGAAAUUGACUGUGAUUUGUAGGGGUUGUAAGGACUGAGAUGUAUGGUGCCCCUGAAGUCUAGGAGCACUCUGAACCCCACCAAUAAUGGACCUGGAACUAACUUGGCACACAGACCCAACAUGGCCUGAUUUGCAUACCAGUGGGGUUGGGAGUGAUUGACCUUGGCACCAGAGAGUUAUAGUUGACCCAUAUUCAUUGAAGCCAACAAGUGACGGAUCUGGACCAAACUUGGCACACUGACCCAACAUAGCCAGCUGUGAAUCCUGGCAGGUGUUUUAGGAAGAUCAUUUUGGGAAUAUGGGAGUUGUAGUUCACCCUUAUCCAGAGAACACUGAACCCAGCAGAUGACGGAUCUGGACCAAAUUUGGCACACUGACCCAACAUGGCCAACUGAGAAUACUGGGGGAGUUUGGGGAUGGCUGACCCAAGACUUUUGGGAAUUGUAGUUCACCCACAUCCUUAUUCAUUCUCUAUGGGGAGCAUUCCUAAAAAAACAAAAGCAAAGACUGAGUUUUUUUCUCAGAAAUAGUGUAAUAUAUGACCAAACUGAUAUGACCUCGCAUCCAAAUACAAACAAGCCCCUUUUCAAAUAACCCGGGCAUCACCAGGUACCCAAGCUAAUUAUACCCAAGCUGUCCCUGCUGGUUUGCUUUUAAUUACUCUGAUUUUAUCUGCUUGGAUUUUAAUGUAUUGUCCAUUAUUUUAUUUUGUGUAUCGUUGGAAUGUUUUAAGGUUUUGUCAAAUAUGUUGUGUUGUUGUUUUGGGCUUGUCCCUGUUGCGAGCCGCCCUGAGUCCCUUCGGGGAGAUGGGGCGGGAUAUAAAAAUAAAGAAAUGUCAGGAGAGAAUACUUCUGGAACAUGGCCACAGAGCCCGAAAGACAUACAACAACCCUGUGAUCCCGGCCAUGAAAGCCUUCGACAACAUAUAAAAAUAAAGUUUAUUAUCUAUAUAUAUAAAAGAGUGAUGGCAUCAGGGCAGCGGACAAAACAACAAAACGACAGGCCCCCCAACCUCGAAAUUUGACAACACAACCCAUCAUCCAUGGCUCUAGGUUGAUACAACAAAAAGAAAAGAAAAAUAAAGUCCUAAUUAGAGGGAGAGGAAUAACUGUUUUUAUCCAAUUGCUGCCAGUUAGAAGGCUAAGCUCCGCCCACUUGGUCUCCUAGCAACCGACUCAGCCCAUGGGACAGGCAGAGUUAGGCUUCACUUAGGCCUCUUCCACAGAUUAUCUAAUUUGCACUGGAUUAUAUGGCAGUGUAGACUCUACUUCCCUCCAACAGACAAAAAAAAAAAAAAAAACAAUCAGAAAUAUUGUAUAUUCACAAGCUUUACAAAAUAAUAUCUCCUGAAGGUAUACAGGAAGGUAACAGCGCUCCAUACAGUCAUGCCGGCCACAUGACCUUGGAGGAGUCUAUGGACAACGCCGGCUCUUCGGCUUAGAAAUGGAGAUGAGCACCAACCCCCAGAGUCAGACACGACUGGACUUAAUGUCAGGGGAAAACCUUUACACUUUACCUUAACUACCACCAAUUCCUCAAUACUUUAUUUCCCACACCACCAUACUUCGCCACAGCAACGUGUGGCCGGGCACAGCUAGUUAUUAUUAUUAUUAUUAUUAUUAUUAUAAAUAAAAGGGAUUUGGCCAUGUUCGCAUGACCCUCCCGCGGGGUGGCCUUUCCCCAUUCCCCUUUGGGGCCUCGGAAACUGGAAGGAGUCGGAUAGAGAGAGAUGUGGUGUCAAAAUAAAGCAGCAUUAACUCGGGUUUUUCUUGCGGUUCAGUCCCACUUUGUGAGCACGGUUUUAACCUCACCUGCUUUCCCACUGCCCCGGGGGUGUUUGAAUGCGUAGGAUAUAACUGUUCUGAUAAUGGAUAAGAGGCCGGACGCUGUGCCCGCCGAGAAAGGUCUGCACUGGCCGCGUCUCACCCUUCCUGGAGUGAGGCCCGCCGAGUGCAUUGGAUAAUACAGAAUGUUGGAUGAGCGAUGGUUGGAUAAGCGAGAGACUUCUGUGCUUUCAAAGUAAGGACCGCAUCAUUGAACAGGAAAUAACACUUUCAACCCAGGAACAGAUUUUUUUUUUGUCCAGAUUUUGUGACUUGGUGUAACGGGGGAUUGUAGCCAGGCCGUGCCCAGAGAGCGCUGUGCAUUUGCCUCUCUCCCUUCUUGCCGAUGCCCUUUGGCCGGUUUACUGACCCGGCGACUCCCCUUCCUUUGAGGAGCUAGGUGGGGACGGGGUACCCACUCACUCCAACUCACGCACUUCUUUCCAUGUCUAAUGAAAUAAUGUGCAUUUGACUUCCCCUCCUCCCAAUGCGACCCACGCUCCCCACGUCACAGCUCCUUAAACCGUGGGUCAGGGCCCAGGGGGCAGCCCCCACUGUCUGUUGCGGCCCCCUUUCCCCCUCUUUCCCCUUCCCCCUCCCUCUGUCCUUGGCCCUUCUCUUGGCUGGAAUUCAGUCCCACACGGCCCAAGCCUGCAGUCCUCAAUGAGGAACAGUUAGUUAGCUUAGAAUAGGCUGAGGGAAAUCCCUUCGUCCCGACUCCUGAACGACAGUUCAUAGAAUCAUAGAAUAGUAGAGUUGGAAGAGACCACAUGGGUCAUCCAGUCCAACCCCCUGCCAAGAAGCAGGAAAUCGCAUUCAAAGCACCCCUGACAGAUGGCCAUCCAGCCUCUGCUUAAAAGCCUCCAAGGAAGGAGCCUCCACCACGGCCCCGGGGAGAGAGUUCCACUGGUGAACAGCCCUUCUCACAGUGAGGAAGUUCUUCCUGAUGUUCAAGUGGAAUCUCCUUUCCUGUAGUUUGAGUUGGAAUGUACAUGUUGAUUCUCUUCUCUCCUUCUGCUCCCAUUCCGAUUGGCUGUGUAGAAUGGGUACUUCUCAGGUGUGUAUUCUCAGGGCCUCCCCUCUCUGCUUGGGUGAGCCAGGAGAGAUGUAGUGCUUGGAGAUUUCCCUCUCUUUUGAACCCAAGAAGAGAGUUGCUCAGAUCCAGUUCUUUACUAUGAAGAGAUGUGGUUAUUACUUUUGUAAAUAAACCUUUUAUAGUUUUAAAGAUUGAACUCUGCACCUUUGCCUCCUCAGCUCUAAAUUGUUUACAGCCACGUGGCACUUCACGCUCUGCGUGCUGUGAGCUGAAUGCUCAACCAUAACUAUCCUGCAUGUAUUUUGGAUGCUCUGCUGUUUUUCUGGGAGUUUUCCUUCACAAAAACCCAACUCUCUGGACACUUUCCAUCUUGUUUAUAUCUUUCUUGAAUUGCUUUACUCAGAAUUGGACAUAGCAUUAUUAUUAUUCCAGGGGAGGAGGUCUGACCAAAGCAGGAGAGACUGUUGCUUGAUCUGGGCACUAGGCUCCUCUCUGUGGAACUGAGAGUCGCACUGGCUUUUUCAGCUGCUGCUUGUGGUCCAAUAAGACUCCUACAGCCCUUCCGCACGGGCUGUUUCCAGGCCAGGGGUCUCCUCACCCCCCCCCCCCCCAUAUCUGCGCAUUUCCUUUGUCUUGCCAAGGUGGAGCGUCUGGCACCUAUCCCUGCUGACAUUCAUUUUGUUAGCCUUGGCCAAUCAGGUCUCCCAUCUGAUCAGGUCAUUUUGGAUCCUGACCCUGUCCUCUGGGGUCUUUGCUCUCCCUCCCGAUUUGGGGUCCUUUGAAGAUGUGAAUCACAAGAUAAAGUAAAGACAAUACUGUCAGGAGAAGGAGGAGAGACUGUGUGCUGUACCCAGCCCCCAUCUGAGCUGUCAGGUGAGCCUGGUUGGCCCCAUUCAGCCUGUGAUCGUCCCUGCACCUGCCUUGCCAGAGGACUCUGGGUUUGGGCCUGAGAUGCAGCCAGAGUUUGUCCCAGUGGAUUCUGGGACCAGAGACAGAAUGGUUGCAAGCAGGCAGUUUGAACCGCAUUCCUCAAAGCAGUCAAGGCCGGAUCUGCAGGUGCCAAAUGGACUUUGUAGUUCGGAUGCUGGAACUGAUAAGGUGGAGAGGGCCAAUGAGCUUGACAGGAGGAGAGCGAUAACUCAGUUGAGAAAAGAAAAGGAGUGUGUUGGAAAGAGUAUAUGUCUGCUUUUGAAAAGAAAUAAUGAGCAACCUUCUCACAGAAAGGGGUCUUGAAUUUCCCAUAAGAAGGCUUGCUUUCUCUGACACAGUCAGAGGUGGUAACGUUGCUAAUCCAAGAGAGGAAGAUCUGUGCUUCGUAUGUAUUUCUGCAGCCUUGUAUCUUGAUUCAAGUUACAGCCUUGCUUGUUCCUGUGUUUCUAGUUGAAUGUUCCAGUAUCUUGCAGUUUGGAUUUUUGUUUCAGCCAAGACCCUUGCCUUGUGUUCCAGCUUGGACUCUGUACCAAGCACUUGGUGGUUGAUUGAUAUUAUUACUGUUGUAUUAACUCUUGUUUUAUUGUCUUACUGUGUUUUAUUUUUAUUGUAUAUUGUUCAAUGUAUCUAUGCUGUUUUUGUAAAUUGUGCUAGUCGGGCGUUGCCCCAUGUGAGUCGCCCCGAGUCCCCGUGGGGAGAAGGUGGCAGGUUAUAAAUAAAGUUUUAUUUUAUUAUUAUUAUUAAUAUUGUUGUUAUUAUUGUUAUUGUUAUUAUUAUUACCUUGGACUAAACUUGGAGUUUUGUUCCUGCCUUCCAGUGUUGCUUUCUGUGUUUCCAGCUUGAGUCAUGGCUUGGAUUAAUCCUUGAAAUCUUGUUCGGACUAUUUGUGAUAUCUUUCAUGGGACUUACUUUGAUAUCCAGUUUGGACUAUGGUUUUUGGGUGACUUUUAUAGACUCUUGCUUCAAGAUUUUCAAGUACUUUGUUCUUGUGGAUUUAAACCCAUUUUAUUGACUCUGAACUUGCAUUUGCUAUUGCUUGAAUGUAAUCUUCAACAAACAGCUUGUUUGCUUAUAUUCUGGGGCUCCAGUGUGGUUUUGAGGUGCCUACCCAGCCUAGGGGUGAAACACUGUGUAUCUAUUGUACAAACUCUGUAUAUUUGGAUUAUGGAACUGUAAAGAUAACAAGCCUUCCUGGCUGGAAUUAAGACAGUGUCUGCUGUUUGGUUAAUGUCUAUACUCCAGAGUUACUAAGAUUUUAUUUCUCGUGUCAGAAGUGAACCAAGUGUAUGCUUGAAAUGUAUUAAAAACACAUAGGAAGUUAAAACCUUGGCCUGAUGCUAAAUGUCCUUUGGCCAGAAGCUGGCACUUGGAGUGAGUGCCUCUGGUGUCGCUGCGAGAGGGUCCUCCAUUCAUUGUGCAUGUGGCAGGGCUCCAGCGGUGUGGGGCAUAGACAUCCUGGGAUGAUGCGGCAUGUCUCAUCAGGAGACACGGCCACUGUUCUGACGUGGUGAGAUGCACUGGGCAUGCAUACUCAGCAGCAGAGGAGCCGAGCGCAAGGACAGAUGUCUCCACGGUGCCUGGUUGUGAUCCCCAGGUUGUGCCAGUCAGUUUUUGUACAAUGUUAUUUCUACGCCCACGUUUUGCUUGAUGUUCAAGCAGUGCUUCUUGUAAGUCAGAGCCCAGUCCAGAGUGACUCCCGGGCAUUUGGGUGUGCUGCAGUGCUCCAGUGGGAUUAGCAGCACUCGCUUUAUGGCCAGAGAGGAAUCCAACAGGUCCUUGGGGCCCUUCCGGCGCUCUGACUCUUUGCCGAAUGGCCCUGGGCCCAGGACAGAGCCGGAUGGGCCCCUUGGUCCCUCCUCGGCAAGAGGAACUGGGCCAGGAGGUGAAGCCGGUGGAGCCGGUGGAGCCCAGCCUCUCCUCUGGGAGCCAUGUGUUCAGAGCCAAGCCCCCUCGGCCCUUUCUCUGUCUCUGCCUGUGCCUCCUUGCCAGGCCCCACCGUCCGGCCCUUGUCGCUUCCGAUUGCGGUGACGGUGCUGCUCUCCCAAGGCCUUGCCCAGAGGUCAAGGGCCUGUCAGGCCAGGAGUGUGGGCUGAAGGGCUGCGUCCAGGCGUCCGGCGGCCGCCCUGCCUUCUUCCUCCGUCCACCUCAUUAACCCGCUGGCACCGGCCUGUCUGUCCCCUUGGAUGGGAGACGCAGGAGGAGGGGCCAGGAGUGAGGAGGCGGCGGCGGAAGGGGGCCUGAGAAGACCCUCUCUCACGCGGACACACGGACACCCCUUGUGCCUCCAGAUGCAUUUCGGGGCCCAAACUUGGGACAAAGUUUCAGCCCGUUGCUGGAGAAGCCGGAGAGCGAUCCGGGUGCCGAGGUGAGUCUUCUUGUGCGGCGCUUGGGCUUUCUGGGUGCUUUGGGCAGGUCGGUCCAUCGUUGGGUCACUGGAGGACUUUCUGGAAUGACCGGGAUCGUGUUUCCGAACCGUGGAAUGGAACCGGCGGAUCUAGCGGCCUCACUCCGCGUCCUGACGCACUGGGUUUUGCACCCAAAAGCGCCCUGCGGUCCUCCUCUACCCUCAGGAAAGUUUUCAAGGUGAGGACCAGGUGAGCUUCAGCAGAAAGAUGGAAAGGGGAAAGAAAGCAGUGCUCAAGCCAGUUAUUUCAGCAUGAAAUCUUAUUGGGCCUGAACAGCACUCUGCUCCAAAGCCGCCAACGUUUGCACUGAAGCAAAUGGGUUGGUUUAAAGGCGGUGAGAGACUUACUUGUCCCUUCACUUCUUACCAGUUGGGAGUUGAGUCUUCUUGAAGGUGAGUGUGAAUCGGCUGGGCUGAGAUCCGGAAGUCUCAUCUGUCAUACUGAUGGGGUGCCAAUCUCAGGACGUCUCCCUUCUUUUGCAGAGAAUGUGAGAAGGGGAGGCCGGGAUCCCAGCUUCUGGCUCUGGCUCCUGGAAGAGGAAGCUAAGGCCAAACUUGGAAGGAAUACGUUGGCCUUGGAAGUGUUUCUGCUGCAUCGGGGCCAGUGGAACUUCGCCUAGAGAAGACCCAGCGCUUUGCCUGAGAUCUGGAAGCACUCUGAAGGAGAAGCCUCAUGUCCUGGGACAGGCUCACAAAACUGGAGGAGGUCCAUUGCUGCUCCUGACAAAAGGGAUUACAAAAGCAAGAUGAGGCUCCGACUUACCCUGAGAAGCGGAAGAGCGUGUGCGCACGCAUCACCAGCCACCAUUUGCCUGCAAACCGCCUUCAGCGUUCUGCAGAACCACUUGUUUGUGGCCUCCCACUUCCUUCUGGCAGACGUGGGCAACUCCUUCUCGCCAUUCCCCACUUUCGCUCAGAGUCUCCUGCUUCUCCGCACUACAACUCUCCGGCCCCUUCCGUCUCUGCUGACCGGGCUUCCUCCCCAUCCCGUCACCCUCCUUGCCGCUUGCAAACUCAAAAUAUUCUUGGGAAUUUUCUCUUUUCCUAGGAUUGACCACUGUCUCGGAGGGACAUCUUUCUUGUGUGGAUCCAAGGGACUCCUCUGUUCGUGGAGUCGCUGUCUAUCUGUCUAUCCAGAGCCCUGCACGAUUCCUCAAGGAACCACUGAGGGAUGGACAGGCUUCCUGUGACUUGCAUGGAGCCGGGCUUCAGCGUUUGGGGGUUUCCUGGGAGGUUUGGCCUCAGCCUCCCGCCUUUAAGACAAGGCCGGACCACAGCGGUCUAUCCUGGGACCCUCGGAGGCCCCGCUCCAAAAGGAAAACCCCCAAAGUGGUGGGAAGCCCAUAUCUGCAUCUCAAAAAUGAGGGUGUUUUAAAUGUUAGACGGUGCAGGGAGGCUCCAAAGCCUGUUUCAAAGGGCUGGCUUGUGAGCAUUGUGCUUCGCCCCUUUGGGUCUGGGGGUCCCGGCGACAUCGAGGGCCACAAGGACAUCCUUGGGGGCUGCAUGGAGCUCUGUGGCUGCACGUGGUGAACGCCUCCCUUCACACGACAGAAUCAUCGUGAUCCAAUUCUGGGUGCAGAAUGGGGCGGGGAACAGGAACGGAUCUCCAACCUCCGCCGGCCAGCACUCAGUCCUUGCACUCAGCCGUCUGCAGAAAUGCCUCACCCGGAAGGGCCCGAGGCCAGGAAUGGUGGGAAUUGAAGUCCAAAACACCUGGAGAGAUGGCCCACAUCCCCCCCAUGCCUGCCUAAGCUCUUGUCUACUUGAGGCAAAUGCGAAUGUUGCCCUUGGCCACCUUGAUUAGCGUCGAGUAGCCUUGCAGAUUCAAAGCCUGGGUGCUUCCUGUCUGGCGGAAUCCUUUGUUGGGAAGUGUUAGCUGGCCCUGAUGGUUUCCUAAAAGGACAAUGGGUUCUUUUAUAAGGUUUUAUAAUGUGUUUUAACAAUGUUAUUAAUAGAUCUGUUAUUUGUUUUUGUUUUUUUUAUGAUUGUAUUUUGGGGCAUUAAA